UUUCUCCCUAAAUUUUUAAAAUAAGCAUAUAAAAUCAAAAUAGUACUAUUUUGGCAUUAACAAAAAAAAGUAAUUCAAAAUCAAUUACAAAUGAAAUAAUGAUAUGAUCAGCUUUUUUUUUAAGAAGAGAAAAAAAAGGGAAUUUCAAGAGUAAGAGAAUUACAUUUGCAGGAGACCAAAGAAAGAGAUAUAAGAGAGAGAAAGUUGUUGUUGUUGUUGGGAAGGUUGCCAUGGCGGCGUUUGCAGAGCUGUAAAAAUUCAAUUUCUCUCUCAUCCUCUUAAUGUUUUCUUCCUGAUUAACGCUGCUUCUGUUCAGACUUUGUUUCCUCUCUCACAAAAGCAAUUCUUACUUGUUGUAUUUUCUUCUGUAAUUUUGCUCUUACCACUUAUCAGUUACCACCACCCACAAAAAUACAAACUAACCAUACUUUAUUUUUUUAGGGUAUACAAAAACAAAAUAUACCCUUAUCCUCCAUUUUUUUUUUUGUCAAAAACCCUUGUAUUAUUUCUCUCUUUUUAUUCCUCAAUAAAAUCCCAAAAAAACAACUUUUAAUUCUGUAAAGAGGUUAUGGAGUGUUUGUUGCUGAAAUUGAGGUUAGGGAAGAGAACAAUAUGGCAGGGUUUUUCUCGUUAGGUAAUGAUAGCACAAACAGAAGGAAUAUUAAUAGCAGCAACAACAACAAUAUAAGUUACAGAAAUGAACAACAAAUCAUUUCUUACCAAGAAAUUGACAACAAAAACUCUGAGCUAUGGCAUCUUCAUUCGUCAGGCGGUGGAUUAUUAGCACCGACGGAAGACGGAGAUGAGAUUACGAGAUCUAACAAAAGUAAUAGUAACAGUAAUAGUAAUAGUAAUAGGUAUAAUUUGAUAAGAAUGAGUAUGGGUAGUAGUGGAAGUGGUAAUACUAUAAAUUGCCAAGAUUGUGGGAACCAAGCUAAAAAAGAUUGUGUGUAUAUGAGAUGUAGAACUUGUUGUAAAAGUCGUGGAUUUGAUUGUGUUACUCAUGUUAAGAGUACGUGGGUUCCGGCUUCUGUUCGCCGAGAACGCCACCAGAAUCUUAUCAUUCAAGAUCAGCAUCAACCACAACAACAUCAACAACAGCAAGAGCAAGAACAUUAUUAUAUGGGUGUUGUUAACCCAAAGAGAAGAAGAGACAAUAAUUCUUCUUCUUCAUCUUUGGUUUGCACACAAUUACCCAUCACUACUAGUACUACUAGUGUUACUAAUACUAACACUGCCUCCUUUUCAGGUAUGGAACUACGUAAUUUUCCGGCAGAAGUGAGUUCUGAGGCGGUGUUUCGAUGCGUUAGGGUGAGCUCCGUUGAUGAGACGGAUGAAGAGUAUGCUUAUCAGACCGCAGUGAACAUUGGAGGGCAUGUGUUCAAAGGGAUUUUAUAUGAUCAUGGCCCUGAUCAUCCUCACCAAAGUAGUGCUCCUAGUCCUAGCUAUGUUGCUGGAGAAACUGGUGGUAACCUUGCAGUCAGGCCCACCGCUUCUAUUGGUGGGCCUACUGCAGCCGCAUCGAUUAUGCCAACAUCAUCUUCAUCUCCGGCAGUCGGGUAUUUGGAUCCGUCUUUCUAUCCGCUCACUUAUAUGUCCCCGGGUACGCCAUUCUUCUCAAACCCGAACCAAAGACCUUAGAUUCAAGGCCAAAAUGAAGGGAAAAAAAUGAGUUAUCAUCAACUUAUAAAUCUAUCAUCAUCUUAGCUAGCUUCUUUACUUUAUUUUCUCUCAAAAUGAUUGAAAUUUGUCAAUGUUAAUUUGAUCUCAUUAUUGAAUUGCUUUCAUAAGCAAUUUGAAUAUGUAGGGGGAGAAAGAAUAUAUAUUGUUGUUGUUGAAUGUUGUUUGUUUGUAUGUUCUUCACUUAGAGAAUUUGAGGAGCUUAACAUAUUUAUUUUCAAGUUGAUAAUGGAUAAUAAAAGUAGUGCUAUAUACUUGUA